UCUCAACUAUAUGAAUUGAAAUUUUCCUCAACUCUUAAAUAGAAACAAAUUGAAGAAAUCAAAAUAUAUGCACAAAAACAUCUUAUAAUUUAGAGGAAAGAAGAUGGGAGAAGAGUGUGUAGAUAUGAAGAUGGAAGGUUUAGAGAAGUGUAAACGAUCAGAACGAGGUCACUUGGUUCUGAUACAUGGGAUAGGGGGAGGAGGGUGGUGUUGGUACAAAAUUAGGUCUCUUAUAGAGAAUUGUGGCUAUAAAGUCACCUCUCUUGACCUUAAAGGUGCUGGCAUCGACCCAUCUGACCCUAACACUAUCUUAUCCUUUCAUGAAUAUAACAAACCUCUACUAGAUUUGUUGUCAUCUUUGCCUCAUAAUGAACAGGUAAUAUUGGUAGGACAUAGCGCUGGAGGAAUGAGUGUAACAGAUGCUAUCCACAAAUUCCCAAAGAAAAUAAAGUUUGCAGUGUAUAUUGCAGCAACCAUGCUAAGAACUGGUUUCAUGUCUCAACAAGAUGUUAAAGAUGGAGUCCCUGAUUUAUCAGAAUUUGGAGAUGUAUAUGAUAUGGAAUUUGGAUUAGGGCCUGAAAAGCCUCCAACAAGUGUUGUUGUUAAGAAAAAUUUACAACGGGAAAUCAUUUACCAAAUGAGCCCACUUGAGGAUUCAACGUUAGCAUCAAUGUUGUUACGUCCAGGACCAAUUCAAGCAUUACAAAGCGCUCAAUUCAAAGAAGAAGAGGGCGUGGAGAGAGUGGAUAGAAUAUACAUACGAACGACGCAUGAUCGAGUGUUGAAGUUGGAACAACAAGAUGCAAUGAUAAGAAGAUGGAAGCCACAACAUGUUUACACUUUGGAAAGUGAUCACAGCCCAUUCUUUUCUGCUCCUUUGGCGCUCUUUGGUCUGCUUGUCAAAGUUGCUGCUUCUUUUGACUAAGAUAGUUUCAAUAACUAAAACUAACAAAUAAUUAAUUUGAAAGUUUACUAACAGCUUGGCCCAUUAGCUCAGUUGGUUAGAGCAUCGUGCUAAUAACGCGAAGGUCGCAGGUUCGAGACCUGCAUGGGCCAAUAUAAUAUUUUUUUUU